UCACUUCGGAAGCUACUAGGCUAAUGAGGAAAGAAUAAUUUGUCUCCAAAGAGUUAAUGGAUACAUCAUUAGUAUUUUAAAAUUAAAUUGUUGAUAAAAUAUUUCUUGAAAGAAUGAAUCACAUAUGGAUUUUGAUAUAAUAGAGUACUGAAAUUAAAAUUUUAUUUAUCCAGGAAGUGCUCCUAAGAGAAGUCUUUGAAAAUGACAACCCACGUUUGAGGUGGUUUCGGAGAGCUGUUGAACUUGAGAAAACAGCCGUAUCAAGGAAUCCUCGGAAAAUGUCUACGUAGGACCCUGAAACCAUCCUGCAAAUAUUGUACAAAUUCCAAAUGAGAGUAUACAUUUUUCUGUGUUUGAUGUGCUGGGUAAGAUCUGAGAAUAAAAGACAAUGCAUUGAAUUCUCUCAUCUAAGUGUAAAGGAUUCCUUAAAAGAUUUGUUUAUUCCCCGAUUAAAGAUAAUUCUGAUGAUGUAUACAAGGAACAACCUAAACUGCGCUCAGCCACUGUUACAGCAUAAUAACUCACUUAAUGUUAAUUUCAACACACAAAAGAAAACAGUCUGGCUCAUUCAUGGAUACAGACCAAUGGGCUCGACCCCAUCAUGGCUUUCAAAUUUUGUAAGGAUUUUAUUGAAUAAAGAAGACAUGAAUGUAAUUGUAGUAGACUGGAACCAUGGUGCUACAACUUUUAUUUACAAUAGAGCAGUCAAAAACACCAGAAAAGUUGCUGAGACUUUGACUGAGUACAUUCAAAAUCUUUUGACACAUGGAGCUUCUCUUGAAAAUUUUCAUUUCAUAGGCAUGAGCUUGGGAGCUCAUAUUAGUGGUUUUGUUGGAAAGAUAUUUCGUGGUGGACUUGGAAGAAUAACAGGUCUUGACCCUGCUGGGCCAAAAUUUUCUGGAAAACCAUCAAAUAGUAGAUUAGAUUAUACUGAUGCAAAGUUUGUAGAUGUCAUCCAUUCUGAUGCCAAAGGUUUAGGUAUUCAAGAGCCAUUGGGACAUGUAGAUUUUUAUCCAAAUGGAGGAAAAAAACAACCUGGCUGUCCUAAAUCAAUUUUUUCAGGAUUGGAAUAUAUUAAAUGUGACCACCAGCGAGCAAUUCACUUGUUCAUGGCAACUUUGGAAACAAACUGCAAUUUUGUUUCAUUUCCUUGUCGUUCAUACAAAGAUUACAAGGCUAGUUUAUGUGUGGACUGUGGCAGCUUUAAGCAAAACUCAUGUCCUAGGCUAGGUUAUGAAGCUGAGCUAUGGAAAGUUGGCUUAAAAGAAAAAAUGGAAGGAUUGCCUCUUAGGACCAUUGUGUUUUUGGAUACUAGUAGCACAAAUCCAUUCUGUACUUAUUAUUUUGUUCUCAGUAUAGUUGCUCUGGGUGAAACUAUGAAUGAUGGCUAUAUUUCAUUUAGAUUAUUAAACCAACUUGGAACGGUUGAAAAUCCAAGGCUCUAUGAGAAGAGCAAACCAUUUUAUAAACUUCAAGAAGUCAAUAUUCUUGCUCAAUUUUUCACUGAUGUUGUAAAUAUUUCAAGCAUUGGUUUGACGUAUUUCCAGACCUCAAAUACUCCAUGUCUCACAUGCAACUACAGGAUCCAGAGUCUCAUGUUAAAAUCACUCACAUAUCCAGAAAGACCACCACUCUGCAGAUACAAUUUUGUACUUAAAGAGGGAAGGAAGUAUUUCUUAAACCUCAUGCAUGUACAGCAAAGAAUAUUUAAAUUCCUUCUCCCAUCAAUGUAAACUUAUUUGUGAAUUAAAGAACUUGUAAAUUGGUACAAUGCUAUCAGUCUUUCUUUUAGAAUGCAUUGUUCAAUCGGAUAUAUUUAUUUCUUGAAUACAUUUUUAAGAAUAAAAAUAUGGAAAAUAAAAAAUGCAUAUGAAAAAUAUUCUGAAUAGAUUCUAAAACCCAUUUGUUUCUCUUUACCUCA